UCAUUUAUUCAUACGUGGAAAGCAUUCAUAACGCUACCAGAAUAGUACAAUGAGGCAGGGAUGUCUGGGUUCAUUUAAAACGCAAACGCAUUAUUGAUGCGCAGCACCGAAUGUCUCGACACGCCCUCUAUAUAACCUAACCUGGUGGAAACAGUGCAGACCACGAAACUGCCACGAGACCAGAAGCAAUGGAAAUCCACAGACAUGCAGAACACCUGAAGUUUUUGUUUGUAGUGCUGAUGGUGAUUAUGUCCAGCCUGGGCAUACAGUUUUGGAUGAAGAAUGAUAGGCAGUCAAACACAUUGCUCCUAUCUCCUGCCUCACACCACAACCACACAAGUUCUGAUGACUUGCACGUCCCUCUCAUGACCAAGCCCAUGGCUGAUAUUGGUAUCGCCCCACAAGAGUGGCACCAGAUCCUAGACAUGAUCCGCUGGCCUGGUCCAGACAAACAAAUUAAAGACCUGUCUGCAAGCACGGAUCCAUCCAGCUCAUAUUUUUACAUUCCUGGGCAGCGGAAGAGCUACCAGGUAGGGGAAGAACUGUGUGUCACAGUGGUGGCCAGAGAUUUCCACCAGAAUCUGAAGCCAUAUGGAGGUGACUUCUUCCAGGCCAAGCUUUACUCAACAAAACUAAAGGCUAGUGUGUUUGGGGAGGUGACAGACUUACACAAUGGGUCCUACUCACUGUGCUUCCUACUGCCAUGGCCUGGGGAGGCUUGGGUAGCUGUACGUCUGAUCCACUCCAGCGAGGCUGUGCAGGUCCUGAAGCACAGCCGGAAAUAUCACUCAGACCGCGUCUAUUUCAGAGGCAUAUUCAUGGGGACAGAUGCCAAAGGGACAAAGUUUAUAGAGGCGAUGGAGUGCAAUCCAAAGUGGGACGGGGCUGGUCUGGAACGCAUGCAGACGGGCAACUGCUGCUGUGAGUAUCCGGACCCAGGAACAGGGGAGGUGUGGCUGUGCAAGAAGCCCAAAUCUCUGUCCUGUGAUGCCCUGGUCAACCAUCAGAUGGGGGGCUACAGAAACAUCCUCCGGCCUGACGAAGAAAAAUUCCUGGCCACGAAAUAUACUGAUAGAUGGAUCAAAGGGAAGAACAGAAAAAUUAUGAUUCUUCCCUCCAAUACAACUGUUGGUGCAUCUGUAAAAUGCAGACCUGGGCUGCAAAUCCCCGUUCCAGCUGGAUUCUACAUGAGGGAUGUGUGGACCUCACUGGUCUGUGCCACAGGUCAUUUUAAUGCUCCCAAAAUAACCCAGUGCCUGAAGGACAGAGAGCUUUUCAUGAUGGGAGACUCCACCAUGAGACAGUGGUACCAUUAUAUGGGAAAUUCUGUGCCCAGCAUAAAAUACAUGGAUCUCCACUCCUCUGAACAGGCAGGCCCUCUCUUGGCAGUGGAUGUGACAAAUAACAUACUCUUGCACUGGAGGGCUCAUGGCACACCACUGCGUUCCCGAACAUCCCCAAUAGCCAAUUUGCACUACAUCAGCAAUGAGAUUGACGGUAUAGCAGGCGGUCCGCGCAAGGUCAUCGUCUUCACCAUCUGGGCCCACUUCACUAGUUUCCCGCUUAAAUAUUACAUCCGCCGUGUGGCAAGGAUUCGCCAAGCUGUUAUUGCACUGCUGAAGCGCGCACCUGACACGAUUGUCGUCAUCAAGUCUGCCAACACCGGCUCCAAGAAUGUGUUUGGCAGUGACUGGCUUGCCUUACAGUUGGACACAAUAUUGAGGGCUAUCUUCCAAGGAAUUAAUGUGGCAUUCAUAGAUGUUUGGCAAAUGACCUCCUGCCACUACAGUAAAGAUGCUAUCCACCACAACCCAACUGUCAUUCGGAAUGAGAUCAACCUUUUGCUUUCAUUCAUCUGCCCUGUCUGAAUGCCCACUUCCCUUUGACCCCACUGGUUCUGUCUCACAGUAUGAUGCUGUUUGUGACAUCAGACUGUUCCAAGAUUGAAUAUAGUGAGCCCUGGUUUUGGGCCCCAGCAGUUUGCACAGGCUCCCUUUAAUUUAAUGAACUGGUUCAGCUUCAGGUUUCUGUUGUCUUAACUUAGGAAGUAAGUAUUACCUGUCCAUAGGGAGCUACAAAAUCUGUUGGGCUGCAGCCAUUUUGAACUUUCAGUUGACUUACGUGGACACUGAAGUAAGAGAAGAGGAUCAACAAUAUGAGGCGAACUGUGGUGGUGUUGGGGUAAUUCGGGGAGGGAUAUCAGUCUGUGUAUCCUUGAGAUGGAUCUAUGAGAGUGGGGAAAAUAAUAGAUGGGAAAGGACAGGUAUGGGGAAGUAACAGAAAUGAAACAAGUCCUUUGGAACAACUUUGGCCAACAGCAGGGAAUGAUGUUGGUCAACAAAGAUACUUGUUCUAUUUUCCAUUCACACAUGUAUUUGUACAACCUUUGUGUUAUUGAUUUAGAGCAUUUCAAUUUAUAAGGUUUAAUUAUUUCUUUGGAGUACAUGUAUGUGAUUAUCCAUUGUUCAUUAUUAAUAAUAAUUAAUACAGUAAAUUCAGUGAAUUAAGACUGUUAUUAUUAUAAAGGAUUAGAAAUAAUGUAAUAAAGGCUCAGGUACUGCUCUACAAAACAUAAUUUGAACAUGUCAAGGCCCUCAGUUCUGCUUUAAAAACAAAAAAGACUAACAGACAGAAUGUUCCAUCUGCUUGGGGUGUGUGCUUGCUAGAGGGGCAGCUGAUUGUGCCUUUAAUGAUAAAUGAUUUUGCAUAGCUACGAAUAAGAUAAUGAAAACUUGUUUUAUUUCUACUCUUUUAAAGGUCAGUGUUCUGUAAAUUUCCACUGCUAAUAGUCUGCCCCCUUAAGAGUGGAAUUUAACUGAUGUAAUCAUAUGUGUUCAAUGCAUUUACCUUGUCAAAGACAAUAAAGUGCUUUAAUUGUCUAAGAA